ACACAACGUGUGCAUGAAUGCAAUAUACUAUAAAUAUUCUAUACUCUACAAUUCUUAAGGUUCCAGAGGAUGUAGAGCUCUUUUGUGCUUUCUUGAUGAUGGUGGUGAUAUUGAGAAGGUCAAAAGUGCAUGAUCAGUAUUAGCAGGUGUGACACAAGUAUCUGUUCCUGUGGCCUGAAACUCACUUGUGCUGUGUUAAUUUUAAUUUAUCUUAAAGGAGGCAGAUUUAUUUUAUUACAGAUGCUAAAUGAACACCAUGAAAAGUGUUUACAGAAACAGGACACACCCCAAAACCAGCCAUGCUGCAGACACUUCUGAUUUGGGCCAUCGUUGCCAAUUUGCUCCCUCCUCCAACCAGCCAGACCUGCUUCAAGGCCAAUGAGUCUCAAUGUCACAAUGUGGACUUCGCUCCAGGAUCCAACCUAGCAGGAGAAGGCUUUGACAUCACCACCAUGCAACGGAAAGGGGCCUUUGUCAUUGAUAUGAGCUCCUGGAUCCAGAACAACUUCUGCACUCUGUGUAAAAACCCCUACAUGGGAGGUCAAGUGCAGAAGCUCCCAGUUUCUGUGGUGGACUGGAGACCAAGUCGGAAGUGCAAAAUGAAGGUGUCCAGCUCUGUCUACCAGUCCAGCGAGGCCCUGGUCAGCUCCAGCACCUCUUCUAUUGAGAACAACUGGCAGUCAGACUUGCAAAUAGUAACUCCAAAAGUUCAGGGAUCACUGAUGCUGGCAGGCAGUAACUCCAAGCUGGCCGAAUAUUCAAUGCAGAAAACCAAAAAAGACAAGUUCAGCUUCACCAGUCAUGCUGUCUCUUGUGGAUACUACAAAUACAGGGUUUCGAGCCAUCCACUCCUGCACCCAGAGCUGAUUAAUGAAUUCGGAAGUCUCCCUAAGACAUAUGAUGAGUCUACAAAGCACCUCUAUUUCAGGCUGAUUGACAAGUUUGGUACUCAUUAUAUCACAAAGGUGACUCUGGGUGGAGAGGUUCACUCUGUGACCAGCAUCAGGGAGUGCCAGGCGUCCCUGCAGGGUCUGAGUGUGGAUGAGGUGAAGAUGUGUCUGGACGUGGAGGCUUCUGCCAGUACGGGAAUAGCUGCAAACCUGCAGACUGAGGCUCAUCACUGCAAGCAGGCCAAGGAAAAGACUCUGAGCAAAAAGAGCUUCUCCAGCAGCUUCAGUGACAGGGAAACAGAUGUGAUUGGUGGCUACACUCAGAGUGUUGACCUCCUUUUCUUGUCAAAAAAUGACCCAAAGGCCUAUAAGGAGUGGGUCUCAUCUCUGCCCGCUCACCCUGAUGUGCUUUCCUACUCACUCGAACCCCUUCACCGGUUGCUGCCAGCAAAGAAAUCAAUCCGAGUGCAUUUGCGCAAUGCCAUCAAGGACUACAUCCUCCAGAGGGCUCUGUUAAAAAACUGCACAAGCUCAUGUAAGACCGGUGUGAAGACCAACCCUGAGGAGCCGUGCAGCUGCAGCUGCCACAACAACCCAGGCGUGGCCCUCAACUGCUGCCCCACUCUGAGAGGAUCUGCUCAAGUCACCGUAACUGCGAUCAAAGCCACAGGUUUAUAUGGAGAUUACUUCACUCAGACAGACGGAUUUGUCAAGAUCCUCCUCAAUGGACAGAUCCCCAGAGGCCAGACAUCUGUGAUCCCGGAUAACGACUCACCCUACUGGGACUGGGAUUUCCAUCUUGGAACUAUGGACAUUACUCAUUUCAGCAGCGUGAAGCUGGAGGUGUGGGACGAGGACAGUGAUUCAGAUGAUGACCUUCUCGGGGCAUGCAACGUUCCACUGAAAUCUGGAGUGGAGAAGAAUGCCUGUGCACUCAAUCACGGAAUGCUGUAUUAUAAAGUGCAGGUGAAGUGCAUCCCUGGAUUGACUGGUCCUUCAUGCAGGGAGUACAAUCCCUCUCCCAUGGAGGCACAGCUAGAGAAACUGUACGUCUCCCGGAAUGCUCGCCCGAUUCCCAGAGGUAUGCUGCUGGAGAUGGGAGUGCUCCUCGAUGAACGCAUUCCCCGAUUCAACCAGAGCAACAUUCGCAAAGCUAAAGGUCUUGAAUUGUAGACUAAUUGUGUUCUUUGCGCAGCUAUUGCAUAUUCACACCAGCUAUCAUAAUGUUUAAGUAGAAUAGGUGCACAUAAUAUUGGCACAUUAUUACUAAACCUUUUCUGCUCAUGUGUGCUGCCUAUUGCCUUUUUAAAGCCUAAUAAAAGUCUAAUGAAGCAA